AUGACACGUGGAAAAUAAAGUAAUAUACAUACACACAUUGAAAGUACACAUACAAAAUAGUCACUUGAAGUUGGUUUUAAUCAUUAUGAUAGAGAAAUUGAGUUUGUACGGCCUUUUAAAAGUGCGAUUUUUGCGAUCUGCUACCGACCUUCCUAUUAGUCAGUCACAUGACCUAUGACGUACACUCCGGAACGGCUCCUUGGUCAAGACACUAUCCCACCUGUCACUCACGACUAUCCUGACACCUGUCAACAACAUGGAUUCUGACAACUCCGAUUCAUCCUCGGAUCCUGACACAUUUUUCGAAGUGGCAGAGUCCGACCCAAUGCUGGAGGACAAUGUGAGGGGCGUUAUGCCCUAUAGAUACGAGCCAUACUUGGAUGAGUUGGAGCCACAGGGUUCUACGGAAAGUUCGGAUGGCGAGGCAGAAGGCGCUGUUGGUGGUGCUGCUGUGGCAGACGGUCGGAUGCCUAUGGAUUUUGGCAGACUACAGCACGUGGAAUGGUGUUCUUGUGGGAGAUGUGAGCCAAUGCCACUGGUAGUGGAGUCGGUGUGCUGCCGCGAACAGUCAAGAGUGUGCGAGAGGAGAGAGGAGGAGGGAGCAGACACCCGCUGCAUCACAGAACAUUCUGGCUUUGAGCCAGUUUGUCUGAAUCUGCAUGUUCUGCGCACCGCACAUUUCCACUAUCGGCAAGAAUACGGGGAUGUAGAGGGAAACGAGUGGAAGAGGUACACUGGAUACAGACAGUUUGUGCGAUGGUGCUACGAGUACCUGGGAAGACAUGUCAGGGUCCCCAUACCUUCCUGUGUGGUGUGGUGUAUCCGGAGAACUUUUCCCUCCAUUGAUUACAGGGGGUUCCAGGACACCAACAGCCCGUGAUGAUACAUGUAUGCUGUUAACUUGUUAAUUUUGUUUUUUUAGUUUAAAUACAUGAGUUUGUAAAUACAUGAAAAUGAAUGUCAAUACAUGAUACCUCUGGCUUCACAUGAAUGUGUCUUCAUUUUUACAACUUACAACAGCUUACAACAAAUAGGCCUAGCAAAUCAAUUUACACCUUCACCAUGGAAGGGUAGCUGAUAUUUUUGAUCAUACGGUGUCUAAGAUGUGCUGUACUUCAGGGACAAUGCAAUACAAGCCCACAUGGAUAAGGGGGAAAACUGUAGCAACACAGACAUACUACACACCCUGUAAUGACACUUUUCAGAACACCAAGGUGAGGAUGGAGCAGGAGGUUCCCAACACAGUAAAUCAAAGCACUCACGGCAAAGAUGAAAUUAAGUUUGUGUUUAUUCCAUUCAGUCCGGUUCUCAUGUGUACAUUUAGGUGUUAUUUGUAAUGCUAAAGCGGGUCAUAUGUGCAUUGACUGCUGCCCUCUUAUCCGGCUUUUCGAAUGAUGCAUUGAGUGGCUCUGUAACAGGGGACGGGUCUGGGAUGUCAAAGUCAUCACCGUUGUAGUCCUCACCUCGACACAUGGCCUCCACCAUCCGCAUCAGCUCUUCAGCAUAGCC